AUGGCAAGUAAUAAAAUUAAACAAGAUACAAUGGAACUUCAUGAUUAUCCUAGAAAACCUGAAAUUGAAUAUAAGGAUUCAUUUACUGGCACUUAUCAUUAUACUAUUAUCUCUGAAGAAUAUUAUUCAUCACCACCUAUUCUUGUCAAGACACAAAAAAAAAAUAAUAGUUAUAGAAUUCCUAAUAAUUACAAAGUCAUAUCUUGUUUUACAAUCAAAUAUAAUAAUAAUAGUCUUCAAAUAAUUGAGUCUUGGCAAAGUGCAACUCAUAUGAUAUAUAAACCUAAUAGAACAUCAAUGUUGCCUGGAACUGUAGUAUUUGGAUUACAACUUAAAUGCAUAGAACAAGCUAGAUAUUUUUGUCACCAAUUUAAUAUUCUUUGA